UGUAUAUUGGGUACUUAGGUACAUCGAAAUUUUAUCAGUCUGCAAAUUCUUUUUCACAUGUUUACGAAUUAUUGAUACUCCUCACAUUUAUAGAGUAUCAAUCAGAGACAUCUCUCGGUGGAAAUGCAAUGAUUUCCUUUCAGGCUUCGUGUAUACGAAGUAGAUAUAAUGUCUUACCUAAAACCUGGGUCUUUCCUAGGCCUAUCAAUGUCUUCUCCCGGUCUUCUUCUCUGUCGGCCAUCCACCGUGGGCUGAGAAAUUCAGAGAAAGCUAGACCUCAAGGUUUCAAGAAGGAGGCUUUGAACACAUCCAAGUCGAACAGGAGAGAAAAACAGACAUUCACAAUUAAGAAAGGAAAAAAGAACAUUACGGGCAAGGGUCAAGAGCCGAAGUCGAGAGCUGCACGUUUUCAUGACCCAAAUGAUCCAUUCGGGAAAAAAAGCUUGGUAUAUCAACUUAAAAAUGGACGAAAUGAUCCCUCUAAGGAGAAAUCUGCAUUUGGAUCCCGAGAUGCUGGAAUAUCGAAGGAUCAGUUUAUGAGAGAUUUUCAUCAUUCAGGUUCAUCACCAUCAAUGGGAUCAAAGGGACCCAGGGGAUCCAUGGGGUCCAUGGGAUCUAGGGGAUCAACGAGAUCGAUAGAACCCAGGCGAUCAGCGGGAUCAAUGGGAUCAAUGGGACCACCUAAGAGCAUGGAAAGAACACACUUUACAGAGCGCCCGAGCUUUCAAAAACCUUCCAACGAAUCCAGGCCAUGGGAUAGAAGAGGUUCUCAAAAGGACAGAAAAAGUCCCGUAUCAAACCGGAACACCAGGGAUACGUGGGGCGCUCGGGACACUCGAGACACUCGGAGCACUUGGGGCGCUCGAGACGAUAGUCGGGGCACUCGGAGCACUUGGGGCGCUCGGGAGGAUACUCGGGGCACUCGGGAGGAUACUCGGGGCACUCGGGACACUCGGGGCACUUGGGGCACUCGAGAUACGCAAGACAUGCGUGAGACGCGGCGUGCUGGUCCGUAUUUUCAAAGGGCGUCCCCAGCUUCCGAGCCCUCGCCACGGCGGCAAAGGGAUGAAGAGGACCAGCGACCAGCACCUCGCGCCAGUCCAUUAAAGGACGCACCUAUCCGCAUCCCGCGCACCACUGCGGCGUCCCAGUUCUUAUAUGGCUACUCGGUGGUUGAAGCUGCCCUGAAGCAGACGCGACGCAAGCUUUACAAUCUCUAUAUAUACGACGGAGAGAACCGACAGGAUGCUUCCCGAAAUACUGGUAUGGAGAGGAAAGCAGCCCUGGCUGGGAUCCCCGUUACGAAGUUGACCGAUGCUGCUGGCCUGCGGAUGAUGGAAAAAAUGAGCGAUGGCCGGCCACACAAUGGCUUCGUCCUCGAAGCCUCCCCGUUACCGCAGUUGCCGAUCAAAGGCCUUGGCUCGCUAGUCGAGGACCCAACUACCGGCUUCAACGUCGAAUUAGGCCACCAGAGCGCCGAGGAAGCGCAAAUCAACGGUACCUCCACCUUUGUCAAAUACACCCUUCCACCUAAUCGGAAGCCGUUUGUCCUGAUAUUAGACGGCAUCCUGGAUCCGGGUAACUUGGGCGCUAUCCUGCGCUCGGCAGCAUUCCUGGGAGUUAACGCUGUCGGAAUUACGCAAGGUCACUCAGCUCCUCUGACAUCGGUAGCUGUGAAAGCAUCUGCCGGCGCAUCCGAGAUCUUGCAGCUAUUUUCGAUCAGUUCUAUACUCGAUUUCCUUUCCAAGUCUAGGGAGGCGGGCUGGGUUGUCUAUGCAGCCGUGGCACCGACCGACCGACCGAGAGAGGGCAAGAACAUUACGUUGGAUAAACUAGACACUUACGACCCGAUGUCGUCCGAGCCUACGAUCCUAGUCGUGGGAAGCGAAGGCGAGGGGCUCGAUAAGAAGACGAGACGGAUGGCGGACUUUGAGAUCUCGAUACCGAACCAAUCCGGAACUAUGAUGGUGGAUAGUCUGAACGCCAGCGUCGCGACGGCUAUCCUCUGCUCUGCUUUCUUGAAGAACCAGCACACCGGAGGGAUAUUUGAUAAAGUAAUCGAAGUUAAGGGUGACGUAUCGGAUUCGCUAUGGUGAAAUUUGGGCCUGGAAUUCUGACACCAUUCGGGACAUAUCGUGUCGUUUAAUGUUUAUGGGGACAUUUAACUAUAUGACUACUUGUGUGUACUACUAUAGGGCGGGACUGUCUUAAAGUGAUGAGAUAAAAAAAAAACCGGAUUCUAGGGACUUAGGCAUACGCAGGAGGAACGAGGUAACGGAGUAAAUAAACUUCAACUCUAUUUUCAAAACGCAUGGGUUUCUAUCUGAAAGGCGUCUACAGCGGGUUUACCUGGGAGCGGCUGUAGAUACGACUACUCCGCUCGAAUAAAAGAUUUUAAGGAUCAACGAUAUGGAAAUUUGAUGGAUACAGGUACUUACCUUAGGUAUGUCUUCGGACUGGGGAGGUGAUGCACGCUAUAAUAAAAUUCAUAUUGUAGUUUG